GGAAGGCAUUUGAGGAACGUCGGCAGGAGCGGGCGGGCAGCGUGGACCCUCGGGAACCCUCCCUCGCUGGGGAAACUGAGGCAGGGAGUGGGGACACCCCAUCCUGGGGGACUCGGGGGUCUCACCGCACCCCGUCCCCUCGCAGUGAGCGAGUGCCACCCCCGUCCCCCGUGAGCCCGGCCAUGCCCAGCGCCGCGGUGCCACCGGGGGGGCUCCCCAUGAUCCCGGCCGAGGGCUCGGCGCUGCUGCGCGCUGUAUCCCAAGGGAAAUUCCGCCUGACCCGCCUGCUGCUGGAAGGGGGAGCCUACAUCAACGAGGGCAACGCCGCGGGCACCACGCCGCUGAUGGCAGCGUGCCGGGCCGGCUACGCCGAACCGCCCGAACAGCCGCGGAUGGUCCAGUACCUCCUGGAGAACGGAGCCGACCCCAACAUCCCCGACAAAGCCGGCAAAACCGCGCUCAUGCACGCCUGUGCCGAGCGAGCCGGCCCCGCGGUGGUCGCCACUUUGCUGGCCCACGGUGCCGACCCCAGCGCCCGGGAUUACGGCGGGGGCUCGGCGCUGGUUUACGCCCUGGAGCGCGGGGACCGGGAGACGCUGCAGGUGCUGCUGGACGCGUGUCGGGAGCGCGGGCGCGAUGUCAUCAUCAUCACCUCGGCCACGUCGCCCCGAGGCACCAAGACCACCCGGCAGUACCUGAACUCGCCGCCGUCGCCCGCUCUGUGCGCGUCCCCGUCGCAGGUGCAGGUGCGGGCGGCGGCGUCGCCGGGAGCCACCGGGAGGGAUGAGGAGCGCGAUGUGUUCCGCUUCCCACCCGCUCCAGAACCGGCCCGGGCCGGGCCCAAGCGGCAGCUGAAGAGGCUGAACUCGGAGCCGUGGGGGCUGGCGGUGCCGGGGAUGCGCGGGGGACACUCGGAGGGGACACAGGGAAGCGCGGAGGGGACACAGGGACCCCCAGAGGGAGCACGGAGAGCCUUAGACGAGAUACUGGGACCCCCGGAGGGGACAAGGAGACCCUUGGAGGGGACACGGGGACCCUCAGAAGGGUCAUGGGGGUCUCCUGAGGGGUCACCGGAAGGGACAUCGGUCCCCCCGGAGCGGCUGGCGGCGGGGCUGGAGGGGCUGCGGUUGCGCCCUCGCCGGCACAGCGUGGAGGGACGCGAGGUCUCCGGGCUGCCAGCAGCCACCUGGGCAGAACGCGUGCCCCCCGCGCCCGCUCCGGGGCGUUUCCCUCCCGAUCCUCCACGGGGCAAACCUUUACGCCGAGAACCUGCCAACCCCGAGCUAGGCACCCCUCCCGGGCCGCUCCGGCACGGGGCUGCGCUGCUGGAGCGCCGCGGCUCCGGAACGCUCGCCCUGGAGCCGCCCGGGCCGGGCAGGGCCGGGCUGCUGCCCCCGCUGCCCCCCCGAGCGCUGCUCCGCCGCCACUCCAUGCAGCCGGAGGCGCUGCGGCACCUUCGGGGGCUGGCUCCCGAGCCUGGCUCUUAGGGACCCCUCCCCGGCGUUCUAGAGACCCCCCCACCCAAAGCUAGGGUCCCUUGGGGAAAGCCUCGCCCUGGGUGGGGGUUUGCUCUGAACCCUGCUGAGGGUCGACUCUUCCAUCCCUCUGUCGGCACAAACUCUGCACGAGCCCGAAUUUGGGGAGCUGGUGGGUGCACCCCAACUCCCAGGCCCCCCCCACCCCAGUAUCCUGCUCCUGCCUCAUUUUCCCAGCAGCUUUUUCCCCCAGGGUCUGGCAUUAAAGGCCCCAGGGCAGCUCAGUGGCUCUGAGUGGGCACAUCUGUGGGCUUGGGGGCACAGCUGUUGCAUCCCAAUGCCAGUUUUAAGUGGAAAAAAUGGUUUUUCAAGACCUGAGUUGUUCUAAUGCCAGGCUGAGAGGGAUCCUCAGGAUCCUUGGGGAUCCAGCAGCUUGGAUGGAGAAGGAUUUUAGGGAAAGGGGCUUGGGAGAUUUAAUGAAGGACAAAGAACAAGAAGACAAACUUAGACAAAAUCUCGUUAUUUGACACAAAACAAGGAAUGCCCAGUGGGAUAAAUACCAUGGGAGAUUUAGAGACCAUUUGCCUGGGGCAUGGAAGAAACUCCCAGAAUAUUCUGGGAUGGGAGGCUGGGAGGGAUCCCCCCAAAGCCAAGGGAAAUCCCCCCAACCCUCAGAAACUGCUGCUUCCCUCAUACUUGUCCUUUGAAAACAAUAAAAUUCCAUAAAACCCACAUUCCUCCAGGGAUGAGGAGCUGGUUUGGCUCCUCGAGGCUGUGUACAGAGCCCAGUUUUCCCAGUUUCCCCCCAGUUUGGAGGUGGAACACCAAUGGGUGGAGGUUUGGAUCCAUCACCGGCGGCGUCGGUCCGGACUGCGGCUCCGCCGGCGCCCGCCCCUGGGAAACAGGGAAAAGGUGGGGAAGGGAAAGGGGAAAAAAAGGGGAAAAAAAGGGGAAAAAAAGGGGAAAAGAGAAAAAGGG